UCUCUCAGGCAGAGAAUUGAAAAGUUGGGGUACAAUCUGAGUCAGCUCCACCAGCUACCAGACACUCACAGCAACUCUCCUCCACAGCACCAGGUUUCUUCUCUGUUCUCUUUUCUGUUCUCUUACUCAUUUGCUCUCUUUUACUCUGACACACACCCACACACACAAACACACACACACACCAACCGUCACUCCUGGCUGAAAGAAGACGGGACCACAGGCGAACUGUUAAACACCUUUACUGCUGCUCACCCAGCUCAUCAGCAAUCGCAAUGCCCAGGAUGUGGACGCUUAUCUUGGGGGUCAUGUUGGGAUUACUGGCCUCCUCCAGGUCAGAAAUUCAAGUGACUGUCCGAACCUGCAGUUUUGCUGGAGUUUUCCGGGCUGAAGGAAAUGAACGUCACUCUUUGGACUUUGACAUGGCUGAAAAAGUGUGUGAGGAACAGAAGAGCACCAUUGCAACCCUAGAACAAGUCCAGGAGGCCUAUAAUGCAUCUAUGCAAACCUGCAGGAACGGCUGGAUGAGCAAUAUGAGCAUCGCCAUCCUCAGACACAAGCGCCACGAAAAUUGUUCAAAGAACAUGAUUGGUUUAAUUAUUAAUUCAAAAGUACAGCCUGAUGAGAAAUAUGAUGUCUACUGCUUUGAUGAAAAUGUUGGACCAGAGAAGAACUGCACCAAAGCAUUUGAUUUGAGAAAACCCAAAAAUCCACCAGUUAAAACAAAGACAACUACACCUCAAGCUCUUGAUGAUGAGACAAACCCAACUCUGCCAACUUUUAAUACUACAGAGAAUUUCUCUGACGGUCCUGGUGCAGAGACUACUGAAGAGAUUGAGACCAUCAGUAUGAGUAAAUUUCCAGUCCAGUCCACUUCCAGUCCUGCAGAAAUCGACAAUGGAUCAGGGGGGAUGUCGAAUGAGUUGGAACCCUAUACAACAGUUUCAACAACUAAGGAAAUGCAAACUCCUCUUGGGGGUGAGACAAAGAGUCAUGACGAAUAUUUUUCCACAACAAAAUUGCCCCCAAAAGAUGGCAAAGGUCGCAUGGCAGUUUCUACUGAAAAGCCUAAGUCACCGAGCAACAGUGACUCAAAUUGGAUUGUUAUUAUUCUAGUGAUUGUGGCAGUCAUUAUUAUUAUUCUUCUAUGUGCAGCUGUCGCCAAGAGAAAAAGCUUGUGCGGCAAGACGCAAACCCUGAUGAUCACAAAAGACACAGGUGAAGGCAAUGGAGCAGCGGCAUCUGGCUCCCAGAACCAGGAAAUGGUGACCCUCAUGAGCAAGGAGAAGGUCCAAGAGAACGGCAACACAGAGGAGUUCACUGUCAUCACUCUGGGAGAGUCGACAGAUAAAGAGCAGCUGGCAUGAGGGAUGAGCGCGUGCAGACGAUAGUCAGUUAGAGGAGGAGUGUCAAAGUGAGGAGAUGAUCGAGACAGUAGAUGGGUGGGGGCAGGGGCUCCAGUUUCUAGGGGAUAAAAUUGCUUUUGGUGGCAAGCACUGAAGGGUGUUACAGAGACUGUCUAGCUGAGGCUUGGCUUCAGUACUCUAGUGGGUCUGAAGCAGCUGCUUCUAGGUAGGACCAAGUCUUUUACGGGCAACAUUUUGUCUGGUAGCACAGACUGAAUGUUGCUCAGGGGUUGUAAAUGUAUUUUUUGUUAGUUUUCGCGUUUGUACAUUUGUAUGCUUUAUUGAUGAUAAAGCCAUAGGCGCAAGUGUUUAUAGGGGGCAUGAGGAGUGACAGCAAAUUUAGAUAAUGUUCACCUCUUUUAGAUAAGGUGGAUCCCAAAAUUUGCAAUUCAGGAUAAAUGGAAAAGAUGAAAUCAGCAAUGAGAAGUGAUUUAUCUUCUUUAACUUACAUCAAUAAUGUUAGGCCACCAGCCCCCCAAGUAUUUAAUUUAUUUUCUUCGCUAUUGUUAAUGGCUUGUGUAUAUUUCAAACAUUUCCUGAGAACUGAAAUGUUCUUUUCCAUGUUCAAGAAAACUGGGGAUGUCACUACCUUAAUUUAUGCAGCUUUUUCUUGAUCUCUGUAUAUAAAGUAUGUAUAUUGAAAAUGACUUAGCAAUAGCUCCAUGUGUCUUUUUGUUUAUUUUGUUUUUUUUGUUUAUAGUAAGGGUUUAGUACCUGUUUUAAGGAGGUUUCCGAGGGUCAUUUAAUUAGAAGCUGUAUCUCAGAGAAACACUGAGGAUGCAAUUAUGAAACAAUUGUGAUUUUGCAAUAGUCAAAGUUAAUUUAAGGCAUCCAAAAUUUAUGUAUCACCGAAGUCAGUUAAAAUAAUGUACAUUUAUACUGAGUUGCAAAUAUGAGGAUACCUUGAUGUUAUCCUGAGGAUAAGAAGAAUCAUAGUAAAGAUGUAACCAUACUAUAUACACAGUGUGUACAUUCAUUGGGGCUAAAGGACAGCACAAAAGAAACAAUUUGACUUUAACCAUAUACCACAUUAACCAUUUCCAAUGCCAAAUUUGCCACACGAGUGACAGGUGCCUGUCUUUGGAUACUGAACCAAAUUGCACAUAAUAACAUAUGCUUGUACUGUAUGUGAAAGGUUGUUUCAAGAGAAAAAGACUGCAACAAUACUGUCUAUGUGUUCCCAAGAGAGGGGUUUGUAAUGAUGACACUUAUGUGCUUUGCUCAAGCCUGAUGUGCCAGUUGCUCUACAUGUAAACCAAAUGCUGCAUUCUUUUCUACUGACCUUCUCAAAGCUAAAAUAUACAUUGUUUCCUAUCGAGAUCAAUUCCUGUCCGCCAACCUUUUUAUGAAUUGCAAACAGAUUUAGGUUUGUGAAUUCCUCCUUUUUUCUCUAAAAUGAUUUGCUUUGAAGAGAUGUAGCAAAUGUAUUAGAGUAGCCAGCUUUAUGACAGAAUAACGCAUGUCAUUGAAAUAAUUUGUAAAGUCUUGAAUUAAAUAAA